AUGUCGACACCUACCCUCGGGCCUUCCCUCCCGCUGGACCUGCCCACUCCACCACCAUUGCACCUCAGCAGCAGCUACACUAGCGUUAUCAGUAUCGGAGGGGGUUAUGCUGAUAGCAGAUCUCGGGCGAGGAGUGAGAGCCAGACGAGGUGGCAGCUGGAUGUCGAGCAAGACGAGCCUGAGCUCAGGGAGUAUCAGCUUAAGGACCUGCCUUAUGCUGAUGUCGAGCUGGAUGCCAGGAAACAUCGUUCCCCGAAUUUCGCGACAGUGUUACUUUCCCUCUUCCGGACACUGAGAAUACCGGGCUGGUCAUCGCACCGGCUCACCCCUGCCAACGUUCAUCUCCAGAAAAUCUCAGGAGCACUCACCAAUGCCGUAUUCUUCGUCUCUUAUCCACAAGCUCCCAAGCCUCCAACCCUGGUCCUCCGCAUCUAUGGCCCCUCCUCUUCUGUGCUCAUAUCCCGUCCCUCCGAACUGCAAACACUGCACAUCCUCUCGAGCCAAUACAGCAUCGGCCCCAAAGUGUACGGCACCUUCGCCAACGGCAGAGUGGAGCAGUACUUUCCCAGCCGGACGCUGACAGCAGCUGAGAUGCGCGAACCGCAAAUGAGCCAGUGGAUUGGAAUGCGAAUGCGAGAGCUGCACUCGGUCGACCUCGAGCGUGUCGUACAGGACGACAUCAGUCUCCCAGGCGUCUGGAAGAACAUCACAAGCUGGCUCGUUCCUGCACGGGAUGUACUUGGGCUACUCGCAAAAGUACCGUUACCACUACAACAUAAAUGGGCCAAUAUCAGCACCGACAUUGACCUCCACCGCUUUGCGCAAGAUGUGUCCACAUACCAAGCUCUAAUUUCCUCCCGUACUCCACCAGUCGUCUUUGCGCACAACGAUGCGCAGUACGGCAACCUCCUUCGGCUCACCAAGCCUCUUCGCACUCCCUCUUCCUCUCCGCUCGCGGGUGCAACCCUCCCUCCGCAACACCAACUUAUCGUGGUCGACUUCGAGUACGCCUCCCCCAACCCAGCUGCGUUCGAUAUCGCGAACCACUUCCACGAGUGGUGUUUCGAUUACUCGCGCCCGGUGGAGACGUCUUGGUACCUUGAGCGAGCGAAUUACCCGACACUCGGGAAAAGGCGGAACUUCUACCGCGCAUACCUUGGUCACAGCGCUACGGAGGAACAGCUCGACCAGCUGGAGCGAGAGGUUCGUGAGUGGAGUCCAGCGAGUCACGCUAUGUGGGCCGUAUGGGGGCUCGUACAGGCGAGAGACGACGUGAUAGGUUUGGUGAACGAAGGCGUCAAGGCGGAAGGAGGAGACUUUAACUAUUUGAGAUAUGCGAGGGGUCGGAUGGAAUGGUUCUAUCGGGAACUGCAGGAUCUGAUUCAGUUGGAGAAGCCGCAGCUGGCAUAA